UUUCAGUGUCCUGAGUCGUGCUGUGUUUCGUUUGGAAGAUUCUCGUAGACUUGGCUUUUCUCAGCAUGGAGCAAAUUUGAUGUGUUUGGAUGUAUUUUUAAACACUUGGCAACACUUGAAAUGGCCCCAUUUGGAAGAAACUUUCUGAAAGCGCACUUGAGGAACAAGGCUAAAGAUGCAGAGGAGAUACCCGGGAAGGAGAUCCAGGUGUGGGUAUGCAAUGAAGAGAAGGUGGUCUGUGGGGUGAACAAGCACACCACGUGUGCAGACAUGGUUCAAGCCCUGCUGGACGACCACAAGACCGUUCCAGAAAGUAAGAGGCUCUUGCACGGGGAGCCGGACGAGUUUUGCUUGCUAGAGCGGUGGAAGGGAUUUGAGAGGGCUCUACCACCUCUGACCCGUAUCCUUCGCCUCUGGAAUGCUUGGGGUGACCAGAAACCCUACAUUCAGUUUGUUUUGGUGAAGACCAGUGAUUUCGUUCCCGCGUCCAAGGGCGCGAAGAGGGCGUCCAAGUCUCGGAGCGCAAAGGCGAAGAGAUGGGAGCAAGGUCCCGCGCAGUACGCCAAGACGCUCCCAGUGGAACGUCAGAAGCGUCUGGUGAAGAAGGCCUUCCGGAAGCUUGAGAAACUCCGGAAGGAGGAGAUCCAUGAAGGAUCUGAGGAAAUAGACAGGAUGGUUCGGCUUAUCAUAUCCCAGGAUCACACCAUACGGCAGCAGGUACAAAGCAUGCGGGAUAUGGAUAUGGAAAUAGAGCGCAUUGAGCGACAGUUCCUAGAGGACUCCUCAGCUUCCUUACGCUUGACAGACAGUCCCGACAGCCAAUCCCUGACUCUGUCCCUCUCCGCAUCUCAGUGUGAAGAUCAGCUACAAGAAUACCUCUACACCAGUGAUGGUAUCAAUCAGUUGGAACUACAGUUGCACAGGCACCGAGAGCUCAUUAGCGAGCUGUCUCGGGACAUCGAUGAAGAGUUGAGGAAGAGUGCGUGGAUGCUGGAGAAUGAGGAACCAGCAGGAGCAAUGGCUGCAAGCCCAUGCUUAGAUCCAGAAGAUUUGUCUUCCUCUGAGGUCCAAGAACUGGAGAGCUUACGUAAUGAACUGGAACAGAGCAUGCAGGCUGGCCUCUGUCUCCACAACCAAACCCAGGAACUGGAGAAGGAGCUCCAGCAGAACAGCACCACCUUGCAGUCAAGGAACUGGGAGUACCAGCAGCUGGUUUCCCAGCUCAGUUCUCUGCAGCUGGAAGAGUGCCCUGGACAGCCCAGCUCCGUGUGUUCAAAGAGUCAGGUCAAGUUUAAUAUUCCGCAGCAGACAGUAGAGAAGCUUAGACCAUGUCUGUCCCCAACCGAUGUGACAGACACAGACUCAGACACAGGCAUUAGUUCCACACACAGCCAGGAUUCAUUAUCCCCAUGUUUAGACAGACUACCACCACUGGACACAGAUGUGUGAGCUUGACUUUCAAGACAAACAAAGUAAUUCACUUUUUUUUUUAAAGAAAAAAAAAAGAAAGAAAGAAAGAAAAGUAGUUGGCAACGAGCACCACAAGCAUAUUUGAUUCUUUUUUUUUUUCUUUAAAUAAAUUUGAAUACUAAAGGUUAAUGCGACAGGUCACUAUUACUUUGAGUUCUGAUUUAAAAUUGUUGCGUAAUUUAUCCUCAGAAUUGACUACAAGGGACCAGUACAUAAACACAAAAUGAUAUCCGUAAAAAGCUAGUACGACUAAGAUGUAAAAGGUAAAUGGAUUAUUCAUGUUUUACUCAAUGAAAGCAAGUGCAGGAACAUGCUUCAGGUAGAUUUAAAGGAGAAGUUAACUCUUUUUCAUAUUUGGACCCAUUGUAGCCCUGACCUCCGUGUAAUUAAACAUGGGGUCAUUUUUAGAUACAUUAUUUCAGUAGCCCAGUAUUCCCCAGUGUCUUUUGUCAUGUACAUUUUGAAGUCCAGUAAGUCCGUAUCAAUGUAAAUGACCAAAAUAUCCUGUUCUGUCUUAAAGACAAAUAGAAACAGACAAUGCAUUAUUAAAAAAAAAAUCCAAAAACCUGAAAAUCAAAGUGUUCUGUACAAAAAAAAAGAAAGAAAAAUUUGUAAAAGUUAACACAUGGCAAACACUCAUGUAAAGGUUAAUAAUCAACCAGUAUGUGAAAAGGAGUGAACUUCUCCUUUGGCAGUAGGAUUAAUUGCACAUCUUACUUCUGGAAUUGUUCAAAGCACAGUAAUAAUGGAAAAUGAGCUUGCAAUAUUGCGUAAAGCAGUACAUAAGAUUCAGUGUCUCUUGGAUUUAGAGAAGAAGAAAUACUCAAGUCAACAUCAAUGAUAAGAACAAACCAUUCAUCACAAAAUCCUGAUCAUAAUUUACUCAAAUUUCAGGUGUCAGUAAGAUGCAGGUCUUUUCAAUCAUGAAAUUUUCUGUUGCCUUUCGUAAUAUGUGAAUAAUCAUUCUUUUGACUAUAUUACUUAGUUCGUUUAGAAUACAAGUAUUUGAGCAUGUAGGAUUGAAAAUGUUCGAUAAAAUUUUAUCUGAAAAAGUGGCACUGUUUUAUAUUAAAACAUCAGGCAAAAUGUUUUCUAGACAGGCAGCUUUACCUUAUCUGUCUGAAAGACUUUGGAGUUUAAAAUCUUUUUCUGUUCGUACUCUAAAUUUUAUAAGCUGUAUGACAUUCACAGAGUGAUAUAUUAAGCAAUAAUAAUAGGUAAUAACAAAAAUAUGAAUUUAUUUAUUAGAUGCAACAAAUGCAUAUAUUUUUCUUUCAAAGACGCUGUAUGAUACUGUAAUGGUUAAUUAUUCCUAAGCAU